AUGCUUAGCUCUCUUUUGCCACUUUACAUGAACAAACAAACACAUCCAUAAUCUUUAACAUCAACAUUUCAAAGAUGGAGAAGAAAGAAGAACAAUUGAAAAACAGAGUAGACAGUGAUUCAAAAAAAGCAGAGAAAACAGAGAAAGGUCGAGAUGAUGGUGAUCAUGACCAACUUCCUUUAAUGGCUUUGAAUCAUGUAUCCAGGCUCUGUAGAAAUGUUCAGGAAUCCAUUGAUUUCUACACUCAAGUUCUGGGUUUCGUUCUGAUUGAGAGGCCACAAGCUUUUGACUUCGAUGGUGCUUGGUUGUUCAACUAUGGAGUUGGGAUUCACUUGGUUCAGUCCAAGGAUGAAGAUAGAUUGCCAGACACUGAUCAUUUGGAUCCCAUGGACAACCAUAUUUCUUUCCAGUGUGAAGAUAUGGAAGCAGUGGAGGAAAAACUGAAAGAGAGAAAUAUAAAGUAUAUGAAGAGAACAUUGGAAGAUGAUGAAGGUGGGACUACAAUUGAUCAGCUUUUUUUCAAUGACCCAGAUGGGUUUAUGAUUGAAAUCUGCAACUGUGAGAAUAUGAAGCUUGUUCCUGCUGGUUCAUUUGGCAAAAUUAAGCUUCCUUUUGAUCGCCAUAAUCCCCCUGUUGAGCUUAACAAUGGGAAUUGAUGCAGCUUCUUUUCAAUUGGAAUUUCAUUGCCUUUGCAUUAGAAAAAGAUUGAGAUUGCUUGCAAAGUACCUGUUAUGUAAAAGAAGUUUUUGAAUGAUAUUUAAGUAAUAGAACUUAUGGAAGCUUUUGAUUCAAA